AUGAAGAUCCUCCAUCCACUGUCGUGUUUGCUCUCGCUGGUUCUGGCCAACACGCCCGGUCAGGCUGCCGUCCGCUAUCCGAAGCACUCUACCUGGAUGCUGGAGAGUGUCAUCGCCCGAGGCGAAGGAAUCAAUCUGGCCGACGGUCUGUUGGGAGUCAUUCAAAAGGGAUUAUUCCAAGAAGCACUCAGAGCAGCCAUCGCCCAAUCCAGCGACCCCGGAGAGAUCGCCAGAUGGACGGAUUAUCACCGUCGCAGCGUAGAUGCCAACAUCGAGGACCUCCUCAAUGCGACGGCGUCCUCCCACGAUCUGUCACUUGAUCGAUUGUGUGUCGGUCGGUCGAUUAUGGAGAUGAAUCUUGAUGGGCCCCUUCAUCUCAACGUACUCGAGGCCCUCCGAAACUCUCUUGACAAGCAGUAUCGGAACGAGAACUCGGGAUACUGGUACUUUGUCGACCCGCCGCCUCCCUACCAACCUUACGGCAAUCUCUCGUACAGCGACGGCAUGUACGGCUUCGCUCCGUUUGCCACCUUGUACGGCAUGACCUACGGCGACCGCCAUGUGAACCUCGACUCCGCCCUGCUUCAGCUGGAUCUUCUCUACAAGCAGAGCAUAGAGCCAUCCACGGGCCUGAUCAAGCACGGCUACGAUGGCUCGCGAGAAGCUCCCUGGGCCCACCCGAUCACCGGCGCUAGUCCGAUUGUAUGGGGUCGGAGUCUGGCAUGGUAUCUGAUCGGCGCGGUGGAUACCCUAGAGAUCGUCACAUCCAAGUACGAGGACAACCCCGCCGCAAUGCAGAAAGACGGGACCGUGCAACGCAUCCUCGAAAUCUUUCAGCGUCUCGCCCAAGCGACCACGGACGCAGUCCAGGACUCCGCCCGAAAGACCGGUCGCUAUGCCGUCUGGCAGGUGAUGGAUCGGCCGGGAGAGCAGGGGAAUUUUGUCGAAGCCAGUGCCAGCGCCAUGGUUGCGUAUGUGCUGGCGAAGGGGGUGCGUCUGGGUUAUUUGCCUCCGUCUUCGGAGAUGGCUGGAGAACACGGCGCAUCGACGUAUCUCCGGGCCCAGGACGCGAUGCCGCAUUCCUGUGAUCAGGCGCGAUAUCAGGACGUGCCGGAUGUGGCGCGCGCUCUCUACCAGGAUGUGCUUGAGCAUUUUAUCGUGCGGAGGCAAGAGGAUGACACCUUGGAUUUCCUCGGGACGAGCAUCAUUGCCAGCCUGCAUGAAGAGAAGCCGUAUUACGAGUAUUAUACUCACCGAGCAGUCACAACGAACAGCUUAAUCGGGACGAGUGCGUUCGCCCUCGCCUCCCUAGAGAUGGAGCGCGCGGGCAUUCAAUAG